UUUUUCUUUGCUUGGUGCGUGAGCACUAGAAAAAUGAUAAACUGCAUCUCUUCUUUUGGAGAUGAUAAUUAACAGUGAGGUCCUUAGUGUACACUUUCUGUUCAACAUUUGUUUAACACAUAGUACAAUGAAACAUGCUGAUAAUUUUUGUAUUAUGCAAUAAGAACAGAGCAGUUUACUUUCAUAAGGAAUCUACCGUUUUUCUUCCAGACCUCCCUGGUGACGAGGCUGGGAACUGACUUAGAUGUAUUAGCAGCUGUGAAGAGCAAAGUGUCCUUCAGUGUAACUCCUUUUCUGGCUGAAACCACCAGUGUCCAAGCAGGACAGUGGCACGUUCUUAGGCAGUCAAGCCUUGUAUGUCUGUCUACAGCAAGCAUAGCUCUUUGGAAAGCAACUGUCCUGUUUGUUCAGAUUGACACUGUUCUGUAGAGAGCAGUAACAUGGAACCUGGGUUGGGUUGGAAGGGACCUCAAAGCCCACCCAGCUCCAACCCCGUGCCAUGGGCAGAGCUGCCACCCAGCAGCUGGGGCCCCGUCCGACCUGGCCUUGACUAUCCCCAAGGAUGGGGCACCACGGCUUCUCAGAGCAGCCGUGCCCGCACCUCACCACGCUCUCAGCGAAAAUCCCCCUCUGACGUCUAAUCUAAACCUCUCUUUUACUUUCAAGUCAUUCCCGGUGUCCUAGCGCUAUCAGACUGUGUAAGAAGUCGCCCCCCUUGGUGCUUUCAGGUGCCCUUCUCCUUCCUAUUCUCUUCUGCCUUACCAGCUGACGGGCAGCACACGUGCACAGCCCCCGCUGUAUUUUCUAUUUACCGUUUUCUCAAUCCGGGGGCUUGAGGACGCACUACUUCUAAGGCUGCGUUAUGCGGCAUUAAUGACGCGCGUUCCUUACCCGUAGCUGCACCAAUGGCCCCGCCCCCUCCACGCGCCGCUCCGCCGGCCUUAUGACGUCACACGCACGUGACCGGUCGCGCUCGAUGCUUUCUGACCCUGUGCAGCCGCCGUAGGGGCCGUCGGCAGUGCCGGGCGGUCGCCGCCAUGGAUUACCGCGCCGAGGUGAUGAGGCAGGCCGUGCCCGGGCAGUUCGAUGACGCGGAGUGCUCCGACGGAAGAUGCAGAAACAAUUCAGGAAGAUGAGUUUGCUGAGAAUUGCCAGUCAAGCUUAUGCAAAGGAAUCAACGUGAAGGAAGGAGAUAGUGAUGAUGACAGUGCUGUUGAAGAGGAAGAUGAUGAUGAUGACUGGGAUUGGGAUGAUGAGAUGGGAAGACUCAUGAAGUGCCACACUGCUGCUGGAUGCAAUCCGCAGGCAAAUAGACAGACCCCUAGUUGCUAUUCAGCAAAAAUGUCUACCCCUACAGACAAGGCUUUGAGGAAAUUUGAACAUAAAAUUAAUUUAGAUAAGCUGAAUUUUGAUGACUCUGUUAUAAACCGAGUCACAGAAAAGUCUAGACAGAAGGAAGCAGACAUGUGCCGAGUCAAAGAUAAAUCAGACAGAGCAACAGUAGAGCAAGUGUUGGACCCAAGGACCCGAAUGAUUCUGUUCAAGAUGCUGAGUAGAGGUGUCAUAUCAGAGAUCAAUGGCUGCAUCAGCACAGGGAAAGAAGCUAAUGUGUACCAUGCCAGUACUGCAAACGGAGAGAAUAGAGCAAUAAAGAUUUACAAAACCUCUAUUCUGAUGUUCAAGGAUCGGGAUAAGUAUGUGAGCGGUGAGUUCAGAUUUCGUCAUGGAUAUUGUAAAGGCAACCCAAGAAAAAUGGUGAAGACGUGGGCUGAAAAGGAAAUGAGGAAUUUAAUAAGGUUGAAUACAGCACAAAUACCUUGCCCAGAGCCAAUUAUGCUAAGAAGUCAUGUGCUUCUCAUGGGCUUUAUUGGUAAGGGUGAUAGGCCUGCUCCUCUGCUGAAGAAUGCUCAGUUAUCUGACUCAAAAGUCCGGGAGCUGUACCUGCAAAUCAUCCAGUACAUGAGAAGAAUGUACCAAGAUGCCAGACUUGUUCAUGCAGAUCUCAGUGAAUUCAAUAUGCUGUACCACAGUGGGGAUGUGUACAUCAUUGAUGUGUCUCAGGCAGUGGAGCAUGACCACCCGCAUGCAUUGGAGUUUCUGCGAAAGGAUUGUGCCAAUGUUAAUGGCUUUUUCCAGAAGCGUAAUGUUGCAGUGAUGACUGUGAGGGAACUGUUUGAGUUUAUUACCGAUCCUUCUAUCACAAGUGAGAACAUUGAUGACUAUCUCUCAAAGGCAAUGGAAAUAGCAUCAAAAAGAACAGAGGAGGAAAGAUCCAGUCAAGAUAAAGUGGAUGAGGAAGUGUUUAAGAAGGCUUACAUACCUCGAACAUUGACUGAAGUUAAAAACUAUGAGAGAGAUGUGGAUAUAAUGAUGAAAUUGAAAGAAGAGGAUUUGGCAUUGUGUGUUCAGCAAGAUAAUAUUCUCUACCAGACUGUGACAGGAUUGAAGAAGGAUUUGUCUGGUGUUCAGAAGAUUCCUGCACUUCUAGAAAAGAAGACAGAUGAGUCAGAAGUAAGCUCUGAUGAUGGUGAUGGCAGCUCAGAGGACUCUGAUUCAAGCUGUAAAGAAUCUCGGCAUCCCAAAGAUCUUCCUGCUGCAGUUACUAUGGAUAAAAAGGAGAGGAAAAAGAUGGUUAAAGAAGCCCAAAGAGAAAAGAGAAAAACCAAAGUCCCAAAGCAUGUGAAGAAGCGGAGAGAGAAGACUGCGAAAAUGAAGAAGGGCAAAUAAGAUCAACUUUGGCUUGGGAAAUGGACUGAUUUGUUUCUGGUUAAUGAGUCACCUUCUUUUGUAAUUAAAAAUCCUUUAUUUACAUACA